AUGAGUGAUGUUGAGAAAGGCAAGAAGAUUUUUGUUCAGAAGUGUGCCCAGGGCCACAUGGUGGAAAAGGGAGGCCAGCACAAGACUGGGCCUAAUCUCCAUAGUCUCUUUGGGUGGAAGACAGGUGAAGCUGUUGGAUUCUCUUACACAGACACCAAUAAGAACAAAGGCAUCACCUGGGGAAAGGAUACACUGAUGCACUAUUUGGAGACCCCCAAGAACAACCUCCCGGGAACAAAAAUUAUCUCUGCCGGCAUUAAGAAGAAGGCAGAAAGGGCAGACUUGAUAACUAAUCUCAAAAACGCUACUAAUGAGUAA